AUGUUUCUCUAUGAUUUUGCGGUUGAAAACAAAUUGAAGAGUUUACUUGAUAGUGAAUCUCUCCCUAUUGUCUGUCGAGUUCAAGUUUCACUAUCUGAAGUGAUUUCACAUUUAGACUUCAAUGUUUGUGGUACUUUAUCUUCCCACAAACGUGUCCAUACAGGAGAGAAACCAUACCACUGUAAUAUCUGCGGUAAAACAUUUUCCCAAAGUGGUCAUGUAUUUGAACAUAGACGUCGCCACACAGGAGAAAAACCACAUCACUGUGAUAUCUGUGGUGAAAACUUUUCUAGCAGUGCUAAUUUGUCUCGACACAAACGUAUGCACACAGGAGAGAGACCACAUUGCUGUGAUAUUUGUGGUAAGACCUUUUCUGAAAGUAGUCAUUUGAUUCAACACAGACAUGUUCAUACUGGAGAGAAACCAUACGACUGUGAUAUAUGUGGUAAAACAUUCACUCAGAGUGGUACUUUAUCUUCCCACAAACGUGUCCAUACAGGAGAGAAACCAUACCACUGUGAUAUUUGUGGACAGUCAUUUUCUAGAAGUAGUAAUUUAUUAUCCCACCAGCAUAUCCACACUGGAGAGAAACCCUACCAUUGUGAUAUAUGUGGUAAAACCUUCACUCAGAGUGGUACAUUGUGUAAUUUAUCAUGCCACAAACGUAUCCACACAGGAGAGAAACCAUACCACUGUGACAUCUGUGACAAAACAUUCUCCCGCAGCAGUCUUUUAUCAUCUCAUCAAUAUAGUCACAUUGGAUUGAAACCAUACCACUGUGAGAUAUGUGGUAAAGCAUUUAUGCAUAAUUGUAACUUAUCUUGCCACAAACGCAUCCACACAGGUGAGAAACCAUACCACUGUAAUAUCUGCAGUAAAACAUUCUCUCAAAGUGGUGCUUUAUCUCGACACAAACAUACUCAUAUUUAA